UUUGAUCCCGAACGGUUUAUGGGCUUUGAUAAAGAAAACCUGGAAGAAUCUUCAAAAAUAUCAAAAAUGGCAUAUGUUCCAUUUGGAUUUGGGUUUCGAUCAUGUAUUGGGCAAAGAUAUGCACUCAAUACACUUACGUUAAUAACAGCUCUGUUGGUUAGGAGAUUUGAUAUAGAUGCAGUUCAUAAGAUUGAUGAAAUUAUAUGGAAAGAAGCUACAUUCUCUAACCGAGCAGUAAAUGGUAUAUGGUUAAAAUUUACUCCAAGAAUGGCUGAAUAG